CCCGCGCGUCGCUCUCCUCCCCUUCACUCUGCCGGCGUUGGCGCUUGGCUGACACCGUCUCCCGCCGAGGUGCCAGAGCCCCGCACAAACGUCCGGCGCGGCCCAUGCCUCAGCCGGCGCCCCCCGCGCCCUAAGACCGCCGCGCCCGCCCCGUCUCGUCCUGUCCCCUCCCGCCGCCCAUGGGCGCCGCCUGCGCCGCGGCGGGACAGAGCAGGCGCCGGUGAGGAGCAUGGCCAAGGGACCCGAGCAAGAGGACGCCUUCCUGCACCUCCCGGCCGCGCAGGCAGUGUCCUCCGCCGCGCAGGAGGAUUGCUACGCGGACUUGGUGGGGCGAGGCUUGCUGCCCUACGCCGAGGAGGGGCUGUGCGCCGCGGCGAGCGCCGAGAGGGGGCUCCCGGAGCCGGUGCUGCCCGCCGGCAUCAAGUCAGAAACACACUUUAACAGCGAAGCCCUCUCCUCGGAAGAAGAGGAUGCAGAUACUCGCGACGGCGCACUAAAAGCCGCGGACCAGAGCCCGUCUGCGAAGAAGAGCAUCACGCAGAUCAUGAAGGACAAGAAGAAGCAGACGCAGCUCACUCUGCAAUGGCUGGAAGAAAACUACAUUGUCUGUGAAGGAGUUUGCUUACCAAGAUGCAUCCUUUAUGCACAUUAUUUAGACUUCUGCAGAAAAGAGAAACUGGAACCUGCAUGUGCUGCAACUUUUGGGAAGACCAUUCGCCAGAAAUUCCCUCUCCUUACCACAAGGCGGCUUGGAACAAGGGGCCAUUCAAAGUAUCACUAUUAUGGAAUUGGCAUUAAAGAAAGCAGUGCAUACUACCACUCUGUGUAUUCUGGAAAAGGCUUAACCAGGUUCUCUGGAAGCAAGUUAAAGAAUGAGGGUGGUUUCACUCGUAAAUAUUCUCUGAGUUCCAAAACUGGAACUCUCCUCCCAGAGUUUCCAAGUGCUCAACACCUUUUGCUUCAAGGGUGCAUUUCUAAAGACAAGGUAGAUACUCUUAUCAUGAUGUACAAAACACACUGUCAGUGUGUCCUUGACAAUGCAAUUAAUGGGAACUUUGAAGAGAUUCAGCAUUUCUUACUACAUUUUUGGCAAGGGAUGCCUGACCAUCUUCUUCCUCUGCUUGAAAAUCCCAUCAUCGUUGACAUCUUCUGUGUUUGUGACUCAAUACUGUAUAAGGUCCUUACAGAUGUACUCAUCCCUGCAACAAUGCAAGAAAUGCCAGAAAGUUUACUGGCAGAUAUAAGAAAUUUUGCAAAAAACUGGGAACAGUGGGUUGUUUCCUCCUUGGAAAAUCUACCAGAAAACCUGACAGAUAAGAAACUGCCUAUUGCACGAAGAUUUGUUUCCUCCCUGAAACGACAAACAUCAUUCCUACACCUAGCACAGAUUGCUCGGCCAGCCCUUUUUGAUCAGCAUGUUGUGAAUUCCAUGGUGUCGGAUAUUGAAAAAGUUGAUUUGAAUAGUAUUGGCUCUCAGGCACUCCUUGCAGUCUCAGGGAGCACAGACUCUGAUGGGGAGGUCUACAGUGAAUAUGACUCUAUUACAGUGUUCCAAGAACUGAAGGACCUUCUAAAGAAGAAUGCCACUGUGGAAUCAUUUAUUGAGUGGUUGGAUACUGUGGUUGAGCAAAGGGUUAUCAAGGCAAGCAAGCAAAAUGGGAGGUCAUUAAAGAAGAGAGCUCAGGACUUCCUUCUCAAAUGGAGCUUUUUCGGUGCUCGAGUGAUGCAUAACCUAACUCUAAACAACGCAUCAAGUUUUGGUUCUUUUCAUUUGAUCCGCAUGCUACUAGAUGAGUACAUCCUGCUCGCCAUGGAGACACAGUUCAACAAUGACAAAGAACAAGAACUCCAGAAUCUACUGGACAAAUACAUGAAGAAUUUAGAUGCAAGCAAAGCCACCUUUACCGCAUCACCAAGCUCUUGCUUCCUAGCAAAUCGUAACAAAGCUGCUCCUCUGCCCAGCGACACUUCAGUCAAAAAUGAGUGUCUAGCAGAGCAAACCUACGUGUCCUUGUCAGCUAGCCAGCCCAGCAGUGUGCCUUCUGGUCUGAACCCCUUCGCCACAGGAGACAGUGAGAAUAUGCAGCUGACAGGUCAGAUGGAGCUGUCUCAAAGCACUGGCCACCUGAUGACUCCACCCAUUUCACCAGCCAUGGUCAGCCGAGGAAGUGUUAUCAACCAGGGGCCAAUGGCUGUGAGACCUCCAAGUGUAGGUCCAGUGUUAUCUGCACAUUCACAGUGCUCUUCCUACUCAGAACCCCUUUAUCAGACUUUGUCACAAACUAAUCAGAAUUACUAUGGAAACAAUUCCAAUUACCAGGCUAUGUUCAGAACUCAGGCCCAUUCCACUUCAGGAGUUUACCACCACAGAGCAGAGCACAGCCGAUUCAAUGCCUUGAGUGAACAGCAGUUCUCCAGAGACUACUUCAGCAACAGUUGUGCUGUGUCUCCAUACAAUGCCCGAUCCCCUUCCAGCUAUGGUCCCUCAUCAAUGUCUCAGGACACACACAAUAUGCAGUUUCUGAAUACUGGGAGUUUCAAUUUCUUGAGCAACUCGGUGACUACAUGCCCAGGAGCAGCAUAUCCCACUAAUGCUUCCAACGGAUAUUAUGGAAACAAUAUAAAUUAUCCAGAAUCUCACAGACUUGGAACAAUGGUGGAUCAACAUGUUUCUGUAAUCAGCAGUGUAAGCAGCAUUCGAUCACUGCCAUCAUACAAUGAUAUACAUGAUCCACUGAAUAUCUUGGAUGACAGCGGAAGAAAACAAACAGGCUCAUACUACACAGAGUCCUCACCUUCAAUUGUCUGUCGGACUCCUAUGUCUUCAAACAUGCAAACCACAUCUUCUUCCCAGUGUAUGUAUGGAACAUCUGGUCAGUUCCCUUCUCAGGAAAAUCUGGAGUCCCAUGGCCCACCAAGCAGAGAUAUGGUGUCAUCUUUACCACCAAUCAACACUGUCUUCAUGGGAGCAGCUGCUGGAGGAACCUGAACUGGGAGAGACAUGUCAGUGCCUUAAGCUUACUUUCCAAAUCAAGACAUUAAGGCUAUGAUGACAAUCCCCUUCAAGUUGGUGGAAUAGAAAAGUAUUAUAUAUAGGUGUUAAAGGAGCCAUUUUAGAGAUAUUAGCAGCCCUCCACACACAAAAAAUAGCUAUAUUCAGAUUGGGUCCUGCUUGUGAGUCUUUCAGAAUUGUUCUCACUAUUACGGCUUUUCAGGCAGAACUUCAGGGUGAGCAGAAAGAGCCAGUGGUUCUUGCAAGCAAGACUAAGUUGUAAAGAAAUGAUUACAUCUAUUCCUAAUUUAUUAAAAAUGCUAUUUUAGUCUUUCACUUAUAUCUUUUUGUAUAAAAAUGUUUAUUUAAUAUCUGUGUUGCUCAUUAUUUAUUAGGAUCACAGAGUAAUUGUUUACUUUCUUUUAUUUGACAGAUUGUCAAAUGUAUGUAUCCUACCUCCUAUGGAAAUGUUUACAAGGUCAAUUUUUACUAUUUUAAAUGAAACUAAGCCAAAUUCUUAAGUUUUUUACUGUUGUGCUCUGGAAAGUCAAUUUCAA